UAUAAUAUUUGUAUGAAAUGUUUGAGGGGGUUCUAUGAAUACAGUCAAAAGUUUAUUUCCCAGUUAUUCUUUAAAAAAAAAAAAAAACACACACAGAUCCACAAAGUUAUGUUCUUUUCCUUUCUGAAAAAAAAAAAAAAAGUCAAGAAGGAAUUUUAUUUUAUUGUGAAAUGCCUUACAUCUGGAGCGGAAGUGACGACAUUACUUUCGGUUUCCUCCGCACCUGAACGAGCUGACCUCUCUCUGUUCGCACUGAUCAAAACAAAGUAAAGUAAAGUCAUGAAGUCAACAGGAGUGACCUGUAAGUUGCCGUUUGAGUCUUGUGUCAGAGCCCCCGUGUGCUGAAGGUGAAUCACCAACAGUAUCAUUUAACAGUGAAGGCAGCCGAGCAUAUCGAGAUGGAUCUGCCGGUGGAGGCGACAGUACAGUUGGAUAUUUUCCGCGAUGAGGCAGCAGUGCGAGAGAUCCUCAGGUCACAUGGCUUUACGGUGACAGAUCUGAGCAGCAAUCGGGUGCGUGUGAACGGGUCGUUUUUGGAACUCAAGGCUGUAAAGGCCUCUCUGGAGCAGCUUCUUAACUCUCAGACCAAGACGGACAUCACGGCAGUUCCAAAGGUUUCUUACUCUGGAGCCGUUUCCAAAUACUACACCAGCAACAGCUCGGUGUCACAUGGUAACAGAGGCGGCCGAGACGAGCCUCCGCAUGCUUCCCCAUCUCCACCCACCACCUCCUCAUCUUCCAACAGACUUCCAACCUCAGACCAGCGUGGCUCAUCCAGGCCUGGAAGAGAGUCCUUCGUCGUUGAUGCAGAUGUGUUUAGGUACGCAGAGCAGCUCAGGAAAAAAGACAUUGAAGGCAUCCUGCACAGCCAUAAUGUUAAAAUGGAAACGCAUGAAGUUGGCGACAGCUUCAACAUCAAUGUACAGGGUAAGAGCGCGAGAACAGCUGCCUUUAAACUACAGAGCCUCAUGAACGAUCUCAACAAAUCACUGCGCACACAGGAAGUUCCUCUGAAGGACAUGGAUCGCGAAGGCCAGGCUCUUUUACAGAGGAUUCGGAAAGACAAAAACAUUUGCAAUUCAGUGCUCGUAUGUCCGAUGAAUGACAAACUCCACCUGAUAGGACCGUCCAGUGAGAGCUACGAGUUGAAGCAGAGGCUGCUGGGGAGGCCGGCUGGACGCACAGGGAGGACGUCGGACAGAAACCCCAACAGGAGGAGCAACUCUCUGCCGCCAAUCGGUCGCAAGAACACAGGAAGAGAUAGCGGUGCCGCCGCCGCUAAGCCGCCUCCUAACGGAGCUGCAGGUUACUCUCCAUCAAAGUACAAGGAUGAUGAACAGGAAGCUGCCGAGCCCAAGCGGGGGCUCGCUGCUCGUUUUGGUCUAGCUGGAUCUUUGAGGGGAAGAAGCCGGUCUGAGACUCGCACAAAAACACAGGCAGAAAGGGUUAAUGUGCAAGAGGUGGAAAACAAACAUCCGCCUUCUAAUUCACCCAAGAAAGGCAUGAAGCAAUUACUAAGUUUCAACACAAAAGACAUAGGGAAAAUGUUUAAAUCUAGGAAAAAUAAGCGGUGAAGUUCUGUCUGAAACUCCUUUUUUUUUUUCUUUUUUUUUUUUACAGGUUUUGUACUAUUUUUUUUUACCAGGUUAUGUGUCUAAAUACCUGUGAUUUGUCUUAUUGAGUAACAUGUUUGAGUAUGCAGUCACAUGGUGUUGUAUAGUAGCCAAUAGAGAAUGGGAAUCGCGGAACAUUCUGGGGCACACCGCCAUUUCUAGAGGGUAGCGCACGGAGCUACGGUACAUUAUCAUUAUCUGUCAGCGGUCUAUUCAUCUGUCAUCUGUCAAUCGUUCAUCAUCAGAAAUGUAUGAAGCACAAGUAAAAGACAAAUAUAAAGAGAAGCUGACAG